AAAGGGAAAUUCGACGCAUGCUUCCUUCCUUUUAAUGUCUAUACUUGAGGGGUUUUGAUCCACGAGGGGUUCAAGUUUUCGCGACGCUCAGUGCUUCGUGUUAGAUCCUCGCGGAUCGUUUGGCGCAUCGCAGAUCGCGUGUGUGUGAUCGUUAAAUUUCCAUCAUCAUAGUCUUCCAACCGGAUCUUGCAUCAUACGGCAAAAUGGAAAGUCGCUUUCAGAGCAAACCACCGGAAGAGGAUAUGAUUGGACAGUUGCAGCAAAAUAAUAAGAGAUCUACAAUGACGUUAAACAUGAGCGGACUGUGGGAUGUGGUUCCACGAUUGGAUCAUUAUAGAUUAAGCCGUCGCGCGAAAAGACCGUCUCUGAGCACUCUGCACGAAGGAAAUCUCAUAAAGGACGCCAAUGCCGUCGAGACCGGGCAGGUCGGGAGCGUCGCCGGUCAGCAGGGUCACGUUGGAAUAAAAUUAGGAUGGAUCCAAGGCGUCCUCAUACCAUGCUUGCUGAACAUAUGGGGCGUAAUGCUGUUUCUGCGACUUUCGUGGGUAGUCGCGCAGGCCGGUAUUCUGCACAGCCUCGUCAUUAUCGGAAUAUCGGCGGUCGUCUGCGUCACUACGACGCUUAGCCUCAGCGCAAUUAGCACUAAUGGGGAAGUAAAGGGAGGUGGAAUAUACUUUAUUAUAUCUCGUUCUCUCGGACCGGAGUUUGGUGCAUCGGUUGGUAUUGUAUUCGCAUGCGCGAAUGCUGUAGCAGCUUCGAUGAACACGAUCGGUUUUUGUGAUUCCUUGAACGAUUUACUGAAGACAAACGGCUUAAAGAUUAUAGAUAACAGCGUGAAUGACAUUAGAAUCGUCGGUAUAAUAGCGCUUAUCGUUAUGAUUCUUAUUUGUGCGGUCGGCAUGGAAUGGGAGUCAAAGGCCCAAAACUUCCUUAUAGCUGUCAUCUUGGGCGCAAUUCUCGAUUUUUUGAUUGGAACCAUCAUGGGACCACAAAAUAAGGAACAAAAAGCGGAAGGUUUCAUAGGCUUUUCAUCGAAAGUAUUUAUGGACAAUUUGUGGUCGGACUAUCGGUACUCUGAGAACAACAAUCAUACCUUCUUCUCGGUAUUUGCCAUUUUCUUCCCAUCAGUCACCGGCAUUCAAGCGGGUGCCAAUAUCUCCGGUGAUUUGAAGGAUCCAGCGAGCAGUAUACCGAGUGGAACUCUUCUCGCCCUGUUAAUCUCUAUGCUUAGUUAUGUAACUUUUGUCUUCUUUGCCGGUGCGGCAGCUGCCAGAGAUGCAGGUAGUUUAGUGAACAAUACUAUCGUGGAAUGCGUUUCCGGAGAGAAAUGCGAAUAUGGAUUGCAUAAUAGUUACUCGGUCAUGCAAUUAAUGUCUGUUUGGGGUCCGCUGAUUUAUGCAGGAUGCUUCGCGGCUACCCUGUCGACGGCAUUAACGAAUUUACUGUCAGUGCCGAGGCUCAUUCAAGCUCUAGGUCAAGAUCGAAUUUAUCCUUGGUUAUUUUACUUUAGUAAAGGAUACGGGAAAUCCGGGGAACCCUAUCGAGGAUACGUUCUCACAUUUGCUGUCGCAGCUCUCUUUCUUUUAAUCGCCAAUCUCAACGCAGUUGCACCGCUGAUCUCGAACUUCUACUUAGCGUCGUACGCCUUAAUCAAUUUCUGCACCUUUCACGCAGCGCUGGUCCGUCCACUUGGAUGGCGGCCUAGUUUUAAAUACUAUAAUACUUGGUUGUCUCUGCUUGGAUUUAUUCUUUGCGUGGCGAUCAUGUUCCUCAUCGACUGGGUGACUUCACUCAUUACCUUCGUCGUCAUCUUUGCACUGUAUUUGAUAGUGGUUUAUCGUAAGCCGGAUGUGAAUUGGGGCAGCAGCACGCAAGCGCAGACUUAUAAAACAGCACUUUCCAUCGUUUACAGAUUGAAUUCCAUCGACGAGCACGUGAAGAAUUACGCUCCUCAGAUCCUGGCGCUUACCGGUCCACCUGGUGCGAGACCCGCACUGAUGCACCUAGCAAAUCUCAUUACGAAGAAUCAUUCCUUGCUAAUUUCUGGCGAAGUCUUUCCGACACGACUUUCGUAUCGGCUACGCUCAGUGCGUUUAAGGAGCGGUUAUUCCUGGCUACAUCAACAACGUAUAAAAUCGUUCUAUCACGUGGUGGAGGAUUUAAGUCUGGAACGAGGCGCCGCUGCGUUGAUGCAGGCCACUGGGGUCGGCAAAUUAGCCCCCAAUGUGGUCCUCAUGGGUUACAAGACUCAUUGGUCGACAUGCAAUCACAAAGAUCUGCAGGAAUAUUUCAACGUUCUUCACAACGCUUUCGAUCACAAGCUGGCUGUAGCAAUUUUGAGAGUCGCCGAAGGUCUGGAUUGUUCUGCUAUCACAAAUGCAAAUGGUGAACACGAUGAACACGGAGUCCUUGCACAGAGCAGUUAUGAUUUAGCAGGAAACACUCUGAUGCACGCCGACAGCGAUCUUUCUAUGAGCACGCAGAUUCCUAGGGUGCAGAGCGUGCCCACAAUAGGUACUCCAUUUGCCGCACAUACCGACGUGAUACAUAUGAUCAGAGAUUCACCAGUACAUUGGAACGUUCGAGAAAAUUUAAAACAGAAGAAAAAAUAUGUUGCUGAAAAAUUACUCGAAAAACGCAACGGCAUGGCUUCUAUACCAGAAAAUAUAACAAUUUUCCAGAAGAAACAUAAAAAAGGAACGAUUGAUGUAUGGUGGUUGUACGAUGACGGAGGUCUAACGAUUCUUCUGCCGUAUAUAAUUAGUACUCGCUCUAAUUGGGAAACCUGCAAGAUAAGAAUAUUUGCUCUUGCCAACCAUAAGCAGGAUAUCGGUGCGCAAGAAAAAGAAAUGGAUGAAAUAAUGUGCAAGGCUCGAAUAAAAUACAGCAGUUUAAAAAUGGUAGAUGACAUCAGCGUUGAACCGAAACAGGAGACCCUAUUUUUCUUCGACAAAUUAAUAUCCGACUUCCGAAUGAAUGAUUCUUCCGACAAUUCGGAAUGUUACGUUACCGAUUUUGAGCUUCAGAAUUUACGGGAUAAGACGUAUCGACAAUUGCGAUUGCGAGAAUUAUUGUUGGAGAACUCGAAUGAGUCCACCUUGGUAAUAAUGUCCUUACCGAUGCCAAGGAAGGGUGCAGUUUCGGCACCAUUAUACAUGGCCUGGUUGGAAACGCUCACGAGAGAUAUGCCACCGACAAUUUUAAUCCGCGGGAAUCAUACAUCCGUAUUAACGUUCUACUCGUAGUCUAUCGAUUGUAAUCUAGAUAUAAUUAACUAAUGUGAUUUGCGUCAAACUGAUGACGCGCCACGAGAAAUUUGUCUCCAUUGUAAAGAUCUCUUUCUAACGCGGAGAGGCGCACAGUACAUAUAUAUAUA